CGCGGGUGGAGAACCGCAGCGGCAUCGCCGAGCGGCGCGGGGAGCGGGCUGCCGGCCGGGGGGCGCCGGGGCCGCGGGGCAGCGGCGGGGAGCCGGCUCUGCUCCCGGCCCGCAGAGGCCGCCGCUGGGACGGUGCGGGGCCGUGCGGCGUUUCGGGGCCGGACCCCGGCGUUUUGACAUCCCGACGCUGGGAAGGGCCGCGUCCCGGCCUGCGGCGGCUGCGGGGGCCCUGCCGGCGGCUCCCGCCCCGGGCCGGGGGACUGGCGGCCGCCCGGGGCGCCCAGCCCUGGCCGCAGAGUCUCCCCAGGGAACGCGGGGCCGGGGCCGCCGGGGGCAUUUUUUCGGAGGCGGAGGGACGGCGGCGUGAGUGAAUUAGACAAAGAGCGAGGAGGAGGAGGAGGAAGAAGAGGACACUCGGACUCGGCUACAUUCCUGUGCAGAGAAAGGCGGGAGGCGGCGUUAGCCCUUUACGGACAGCUGGCUCCGGCGCUGCUCUCAGCUGCUGCCGCCGUAUUUACAGCCGGCUCUCCCGGCCGUGGGAGGAGGACGGAGAAACAACCAUGUAAGUUCCCAAUUGCCGGGGGUCCUGUGAGAAGAUGGGGGAUGCCGCAGACGCCAAGGAGAUGAGGAAGACAUUCAUUGUUCCUGCCAUCAAACCCUUUGACCAUUAUGAUUUCUCCCGAGCGAAAAUCGCCUGUAAUCUGGCCUGGCUGGUGGCCAAAGCCUUUGGGACAGAAAACGUUCCAGAGGAGCUCCGAGAACCCUUUUACACAGACCAGUAUGACCAGGAGCACAUCAAACCACCUGUUGUGAACUUGCUGCUGUCUGCCGAGCUCUACUGCCGUGCUGGGAGCCUUAUUCUCAAGAGUGAUGCUGCAAAACCACUUCUAGGUCAUGAUGCUGUUAUACAAGCCCUGGCACAAAAAGGCCUUUAUGUCACUGACCAAGAGAAGUUGGUGACUGAACGAGAUCUUCACAAAAAACCAAUUCAGAUGAGUGCUCACUUGGCCAUGAUCGACACCCUCAUGAUGGCUUACACCGUGGAGAUGGUCAGCGUUGAGAAGGUCAUCGCGUGCACCCAGCAGUAUUCCACCUUCUUCCAGGCUGCAGAGGUCCCCUAUGACAUUGAGGAUGCUGUCAUGUACUGGAUAAACAAGGUAAAUGAACAUUUGAAAGACAUCAUGGAACAGGAACAAAAAUUAAAAGAGCAUCACAGUGCAGAAUCUACAGGAGGUCAAAAGUCUCCUACCAAAUGGUUUUGGAAACUGGUUCCUGCUCGUUACCGGAAGGAGCAAACGUUGCUUAAGCAGCUGCCCUGCAUCCCACUGGUGGAGAAUCUGCUGAAGGAUGGCACAGACGGGUGUGCUCUGGCAGCCCUGAUCCACUUCUACUGUCCAGACAUCAUUAAACUGGAGGAUAUUUGUUUGAAAGAUACAAUGUCUUUGGCUGACAGCCUGUAUAAUCUGCAGUUGAUUCAAGAAUUUUGUCAGGAAUACCUCAACCAGUGUUGCCAUUUCAGUCUUGAGGAUAUGCUCUAUGCAGCUUCUUCAAUAAAGAGCAAUUACAUGGUGUUCAUGGCAGAAUUGUUCUGGUGGUUUGAAGUGGUGAAGCCAUCAUUUGUACAGCCCCGUGUUGUUGUGCACCCCCAAGCUGAACCUGCAAAAGAUGCAGCUUCUGCUCACAGCUUGAAUGCUAACAGAAGAAAUUAUGUGGAUGGUCCAUCUGGUUCUGACUUUGUAGCCAGAUUGGAAAGUCCAGCUUACACACCACCUCACCAACUGCAUACACCCCAGCAGCCUUAUUCAUCUGUUCCAGGAGUCAUCAGGAGGUCCACAUCAAUGUCUUAUGUAGAUGGGCAAGUAGGGACAUGGCCCAAAGAAAAAAGGUCAUCAUUACAUGGAGUUUCGUUUGACAUUCCUUUUGACAAAGAGAAAAGCAUUCCAGUAUCUUCUGCCAACAGAGGAAUUCCUAGAUCUGUGAGCAAUGAAGGCCUGUCAGGAAACAUCAACCGCAUGCCGAGGCACUCUAGGAAAAAUCUGUCCUUCAAACCAGUAAAUGGAGAAGAGGAGAGUCAAGAUAUUGAAGAGGAAAAGGACACGACACCUCUUAAAAACACAAAGGUCAAUCAGUCCCUUAAUGCAAAUCAAAGAAAUGCCAAUGAGAGCAGACACUACAGGUUUCCAAACGGAGCUCUGCAAAACAGGGCAGUUCUGGAUGAUUUUGGCAAUCAGAUUGAGACGCCGAGCAUUGAAGAGGCUUUGCAGAUAAUUCAUGACACUGAAAAAUCUCCCAGACUUCUGCAAACAGACCAAAUUACAAAUGGGUUCUUUCUUCAUAACCGGGAAAUGAGCAUCUUGAAUUCAAACCUUAAACCAAAUCAGACUACCCCAGAUAUAAUCACAGACACUAAAGGUGCUCUGAGUCCUGUGACUGACACCACAGAAGUAGAUACUGGAAUACAUGUAGAAGAUAUCCCAGAGACAAUGGAUGAGGAUUCUUCUUUGAGAGAUUAUACUGUAAGCAUGGACUCUGACAUGGAAGAGCCAUCCAAAUUUCUCCAGGAUUAUGACAUGCGGGCUAGCAAUCACAGAGAUCAGUUAAGUCCCUGUCCCAGCUCAGUAAGUACUAAAUCACAGGCAGGCAGCAGUGCUUCUUCGAGCUCAGGCGUUAAAAUGACCAGCUUUGCUGAGCAGAAAUUCAGGAAGCUGAAUCACACAGAUAGCAAAAGCAGUGGAAGCAGUUCUCAGAAAACCACCCCAGAAGGUUCUGAGCUGAACAUCCCUCAUAUGGUUGCUUGGGCCCACAUUCCUGAGGAGACAUCUGUUCCUCAAGGAAGAGACACUACACAAUUACUGGCUUCUGAAAUGGUGCAGCUGAGGAUGAAGCUAGAGGAGAAGAGGCGAGCCAUUGAAGCACAGAAGAAGAAAGUUGAAGCUGCAUUCACAAAGCAGCGGCAGAAAAUGGGAAGAACAGCAUUUCUCAAUGUUGUGAAAAAGAAAGGUGAUGGGGUAUCACCUCUCCGAGAGGAAGCAGCAGGAGCUGAAGAUGAGAAGGUAUUCACUGACAGCAAUCGGUUGAAAGAAAAAGAAACUCCAAAAUCAGAUGACCAAACCGGUAAGACUCCAGAAUUAAUAAAAGAAAACCCAGAAAAUUCUCAUAGCAAAUGGUUAAAAUCUCCUGCUACUUCUGGGGAUGUGGAAAAGCAAUGGAAUUUAGCAAGCCCCUCAGAAGAAAAUCUUAAUGAUGGAGAUCUCUUAGAAUAUACAAAAUCUAUUGAAAAACUAAACUCUUCCCUACACUUUCUACAACAAGAAAUGCAACGUCUAUCCCUUCAGCAGGAGAUGCUGAUGCAGAUGAGAGAGCAACAGGCUUGGGUUAUUUCCCCUCCUCAACCUUCUCCUCAGAAGCAGAUUCGGGACUUUAAGUCUUCUUCAAGGCAAGGAGGAGCUCCAGCUCCUGUUGCACCUUUCUCACAGGAAUCCCCUCGCUCUACACAUCAGUCUCCACAAUCUUCCAACAAGAAGAAUGCCUCCUUUCACAUUAAAAUGCAAAGGACUCCUAGGCCAAAUGAACUGAAAAUAACGCCUCUGAACCGUACCUUGACUGCCCCACGCUCUGUGGACAGUCUUCCCCGUUUGAGGAGGUUUUCUCCCAGUCAGGUUCCCAUUCAGACCAGAUCAUUUGUUUGCUUUGGAGAUGAUGGUGAACACGUAAGCGAACCUCAGUUGAAGGGAAAUCUUUUGAAAGAAGUCAAGUCUACAGAAGAAGUAGCAAAAGAGGAAGGACCAAAAUUGCCAAAACAGGGUGAGCAGAAGCUGGAGGAAAAGGAGAUUAAGCCUAUUGAAUCUAAUGUUUCUGAAGUAUUAUCUCAGCCUAUCACAGAAACCGUCUGCCUCACCCCAAAUGAAGAUCAGCUAAACCAACCGAUUUUACCACCUCCAGCUCCCAAAACAGCUAGCUUAAUUGAAGUUUCCUUAUCAGAUUUGAAGCCACCAGAAAAAAGCGAGGUAUCUGUUGAGAAGUAUGAAGGUGAGAGUGAUAGAGAACAGUUUGAAGAUGACCAGAAAGUGUGUUGUGGAUUCUUUUUUAAGGAUGAUCAAAAGGCAGAAAAUGAUAUGGCAAUGAAACGAGCAGCGUUGUUGGAGAAGCGUUUGAGAAGGGAAAGAGAGACUUUGCUUCGAAAGCAGCAGCUGGAAGCAGAACUAGAACAUAAGAAGGAAGAGACAAGACGCAAAACAGAAGAAGAACGUCAGAAGAAGGAGGAUGAACGAGCACGGCGAGAAUUUAUUAAGCAGGAAUAUAUGAGAAGGAAACAACUGAAGCUUAUGGAAGACAUGGAUACUGUCAUAAAGCCACGUUCCCUCUCAAUCAAACAGAAAAAGCCACGUCCAAAAUCUAUUCAUAGAGAUCAUAUUGAAUCACCUAAGACACCAAUCAAAGGUCCACCAGGUUCACAGCUUUAUCGUGUUUUUUCAGUAUCUAGUCUUUCAUUGGCAUCGCUGAAUACAGGGGACAAUGAGAGUGUGCAGUCAGGCAAGAGAACACCAAGGUCUGAAUCUGUGGAAGGAUUUUUAUCUCCAAGUCGCUGUGGUAGUCGUAACGGAGAAAAAGAUUGGGAGAAUGCAUCUACAACUUCCUCAGUCGCCUCUGCUACAGAGUACACAGGACCAAAGCUCUUCAAAGAACCCAGUGCUAAAUCCAAUAAGUAUAUAAUUCAGAAUGCACUGGCACAUUGCUGCCUGGCUGGAAAAGUAAAUGAAGGUCAAAAGAAAAAGAUCCUGGAGGAAAUGGAAAAAUCUGAUGCCAAUAACUUCUUAAUCUUGUUCCGGGAUUCAGGCUGCCAGUUCAGAUCUCUGUAUACGUACUGCCCUGAUACUGAAGAAAUCAAUAAAUUAACAGGAAUAGGUCCCAAAUCUAUCACAAAGAAAAUGAUAGAAGGACUGUAUAAAUACAACUCUGACAGGAAGCAAUUUAGCCACAUACCUGCCAAAACUUUGUCUGCCAGUGUUGAUGCAAUUACCAUUCACAGCCAUUUGUGGCAAACCAAGAGACCAGUAACUCCUAAGAAACUCUUACCCACCAAGGCAUAGUAGAUGGGAAAAAAUUUGCUUGAGACAAUUAUGAUAAACUUGCACUUCAUCUUUACUGCCUAUAGGAAAUAGAUUUCUAGUUGCCAACAAGACUCUUAGAACUUAUAACUGGACAGCGAGUUCUAUUAUCAUGUCCAACUGGAAUGUAAACACAGUGUUUAGGAGUGCAGAAGAUAAACUCUUAGGUGAAUAAUUAUGAGUGAUUACGGAAAUGUUUGACUUGUGUGGAAAUUUGUAUGUGCUAAUGCAACAUAUAGAGUAUAUUUGCUCUGUAUUUUGAUUAGAUACACUGAAGCACUGAAUGUUCCUCUUUAGUGACUCAAACUACAUUUUUUACAUCUGUUGCCUUAUAUGUUUGUAUUUGUGCUUGUCUUGAACUAUUUUUCUUUCACUAAAGAAAAACUUCUUAAUAUUCUCAAUACCAUCGAACUUUGCAUACUGACUUGCAGUAAAGACUAAAUGAUAAAUUGUAUUUCACUGAAUAACAGCUGAAUGGGUCCAUUCUCCAAGACUCCUACUGUGUGCUGUAACAAAACCAAGAUUCAUUCCCCUGUGUAUUUAUAAUUCUUUUUCAAUUAAAUAGUAUUGAUUUGCUUAUAAACUAAACAGUAAAGGAAAAACCUUUGAA